GUCUCACAAACAUCAUCUGGAAUUACUCGAGCGGAUAAGAAUGCUCCACCAACUUGCAGAGACAUGAUGUAAGGAGACAAGUCACUAUGCUGAUAACAAGUUCGCUCCAAUUUCACUACCUGCUGCUCUACUUGUGGUAGGUACCUCGCACAUUGUAGUACUAUAUGCGAAGUCAUACUCAUCUCGAAUCUCUCAUGAAUCACCACAUGGAAACCGGACACACAUUCACCGAGAAGUCUCUCGGUACAACAACCAUCUUUACCAUCGACCCUCAAAAUAUUCAAAUAUAUUAUAGCACGAACUGCAAGGAUUAUGGGGUUCAUCGUCUAAGAAAAAGAGCUUUCUAUCCGCUUCUAGGAGAUAGUGUUUUGAGUACUGAUCGUAUUGGGAACACUUCGGGCCUUGAUUCGACCUAUGUUUAUAAGAUUCAACGUGGCAAUUUUCCUUCAUUUGAAAUACGUUUUCAAGAGUUCCUGAAGCAUAUUCUGAGAAAUGGAACAACCGUGAACCUUAGCCCGUUGCUCGACGAUUUGCGUUUUAGAUGAAUCUUCUGACGAAGCUUCUGGGUCUCAUAGAUUUCUCAACUCCUUCUAUCAUACUCAACGAGGUAUCAGUAUCCGAUCUCAACUUCGCACUUUGUCAUUCCUAUAUCAAGACCGUUGGGAUUAAAAAAGAGAGCCUCGCCGUUCAUAAAUUUGUCGACGCACAUAUUGACAAGGCAAUCGAGCUUCGCCGGGAAUGUUUAGCUUCUAAAAAAUCAGGCGCGGGUCCAGAUUCGUGAAUUUCAAGCGACGAAGAAGAAGAUGAUGAUGAUGAAAAACAUCGCCAUAUUCUCCUCCACGAAAUGGCCAAGGCGACAGAUGAUCGUCGAGAGCUCCGAAAGCAAACUUUGCAGGUAUCCUUGGCCGGUCAUGAAGCUACGGGUAUUGAGGUUGGGAAUGCAAUCUUUUAGUUAUGUAGGAAUCAGAAGGUCUGGAAGACAUUGAGGAGAGAGGUACUGGAAGGUAUGAAGAAAGAUGAAGAAUUGACAUUUGAGAGUUUGAAAUGGAUGAGAUAUCCACAAUGGUUAACUAAUGAGAAUGCGUCUUCCCUUCAUUUCCCAGUCGCUUUUUAUCUGCUUCUAGCAUAAAAGCGAAGUAAGUGAUCCUAAGACCGAGACGCAACAACAUCCCUUCGUCUCACCCCCAUAGCCCCAACCAUAACUCCCGGCGCUAUCCGCGACACCAUUUCCCCUCACGGAGGUGGUCCUUCAGGAACCUCCCCCAUCCUGGUCAAAGCCGGUACUAUCAUUGCACCAAACAGUUUUGUAUCCCAUCGUCUAGCCCCUUGUUACGAACCCGAUCCCGCAAUCUUCAGACCAAAACGAUGGGAACAUCUGAGGCCGGGAUGGAAUUACUUACCUUUUGGGGGUGGAACGAGAAUGUGUGCAGCAAGAAAUUUAGGGUUGAUCGAGAUGGCAUAUGUGCUUGCGAGAAUGGUACAGGAAUGGAAAGGGGCGGAGUGUAGAGAUGAUGUUAUGGAGUGGGUGGAGGAGAUUAAGUUGAGUGUGGAGAGUAGAAAUGGUGUUAAGGCUGGGGUGAAGUGGGCUUGAGGAGGGCUCUGGUGUGUUGUGGGAGGAUGCGUGUGAUCCUUUCGAAGCUUUUAGGCUUAAAUCCGAAAAUGAGUUCGCCAAACCUUGAAUUUGCAUGCGAGUGUUUGAAAUUUUAUAGAGUUCAUUUGUGGCGUUUAGCGGUGAAGAAAAUCAAACAUUGCAAGAUUACAUACAUACAAUCUCUAAGCCCUCAUAUAGAAAAUUCCAUCUUCAGACAUUCA